UUGCUUCUCCAGCCUCUGUUCCAUUAGUUUUAAUGAAAAAAAAAAAAAAAAAACAUCACAUUGCGUAAGCAAACCUAAACAAACCAUAAAUGUAAAUUCGGAAAAUGCCAAGUCAAUAUAUGGUGGAGAAUACAAUGAAGAAAUAAGCCAAAAACCUCCAACAUAGCCUACAUACAUCUUUGCGGUUUGUGAUAGUUCUACAAUGGCAAAAAUUGCAAAAGAUCUUCAUGUAAUGAUGCUUCCGUGGUCCGCCUUUGGUCACCUGAUUCCAUUCUUUCAUCUCUCCAUAGCCUUGGCCAAAGCCGGAGUUAAAAUCUCCUUUGUAUCAACUCCAAGAAACAUCCAAAGACUCCCUAAAAUUCCUGCAAAUUUAGAGAUACUCAUAAACUUUGUUGAGUUUUCAUUGCCAACCUUAGAAGACGAAUCCCUACCAGAAGGAGCAGAGGCCACUGUUGAUAUUCCUCCUGAGAAAAUCGUGCCCCUGAAGAUUGCAUAUGAUCUCCUCCAACACCCCUUGAAGCAGUUUGUGGCCGACCAACGGCCUGAUUGGAUUGUCAUCGAUUUAAUUUCUCACUGGAUGGUGGAUAUUGCCAGAGAAAACAAAGUUCCUUUGUUGUAUUUCUCUGUUUUCUCUGCUUCUUCAUAUCUUUUUCUCGGCCAUCCUGGGUGCUUGGCCGGUGAUAGUCAAAAGAAGCUUCGGCCGUCAUGGGAGAGUAUGACUUCACCACCAGAGUGGGUUGACUUUCCUUCAUCCGUAGCAUAUCGGAAGCACGAGGCUAUCGGUGCUUUUGAAUGGAUCUAUGGAACAAAUGCUUCUGGUAUAUCAGAUGCUGAAAGGGUUGCCAAAAUAUUGAAUUCCUGCCAAGGCUUGAUUAUACGUAGCUGCCUGGAGUUUGAAGGUGAUUACUUGAACUCAUUGCACAAGGUAAUGGGAAAACCAGUACUUCCUUUGGGUUUGUUACCGCUAGAGAAACCAAAAACAAGAGAAAUCAGUGAUGGUUCAUGGGGUGAAAUCUUUAAUUGGCUUGAUCACCAGAAGCCCAAGUCGGUUGUUUUUGUAAGUUUUGGUAGCGAGUUUAAGCUAAGCAAAGAUCAAGUUUACGAGAUUGCCUACGGCCUAGAGCUAUCGGGAUUGCCAUUUUUGUGGGCACUAAGGAAACCCAGUUGGGCAAUUCUUGAUCUUGAUGCUUUGCCUCUGGGAUUUAGCCAACGAACAUGUGGAAAAGGGUUUGUUAGCAUCGGAUGGGCACCACAGAUGGAGAUUUUGGGACACCCAUCAAUUGGAGGGUCAUUGUUUCACUCAGGUUGGGGCUCUGUUAUUGAAACUCUGGAAUUUGGCCACAUUCUUAUUCUGUUACCAUUUAUCAUUGAUCAACCAUUGAAUGCAAGGUAUUUGGUUGAGAAGGGCUUGGGUGUGGAAGUGGAGAGGAGUGAAGAUGGAUCAUUUAGCAGGGAUGGCAUUGCCAAGGCUUUGAGACUAGCAAUGGUGUCGGAGGAAGGGAAAGAAAUGAGGGCACGUGCAAGUGAAGCUGCAGAGAUUUUUGGAAAUCACAAGUUGCAUCAGGAAUAUUAUAUUGGUAAAUUUGUGGAGUUCCUGAGAGGUUGAGGAAUAUCGAAAGAUUUUAUAAAGGCUUUUGUUAGAGGAUAUGGAAAUGGACUUGAAACACCUCCCGGGAAUAUCCUUGUGUUUUUAUUUAUUUAUUUUUGUCGAACACACUUAUUUUCCUUUCCCUUCCCACUUUCUCGUCAUUUGAAAUGGGUUACAACUGUUGGCCUUUUAGAUA